GCUGGCAGAAAAGAGAACAACUCUGUGGAAGCUUGCACACUGCCACUAUACACACAUACACACACACACCAUGAUGAGAAACAGAGCGCUCCCACUGUCUCUGCUUUGUAUCCUUUUGCAGAGCUUAGCGCGGUCAAGGUGAGUCCCGACCUGGACUCCUUCUACGUCAGCAGGAGGGCCGGGCAGGGUGGACAGCAGGACCAACAGCAACAGCCUGACCAACAGCAACAGCCUGACCAACGACAACAGCCAGACCCACAGCAACUGCCUGCCCCACAUCAACAGCUUGACCAACAUCAACUGCCUGCCCCACUGCAGCAGCCUGCACCACUGCAGCAGCCUGGCCCACAUCAACAGGCUGGCCACUCUCUGUCAUCAGGAGCUGCAACAUCGGCUGCAGAGCAGUCAGAGCAUGUGGAGGACAGUGUAAAUGCCACACCAACUCCUGGAACGGUGGCACGAAUGUUCUGGGCCGAUUCACCUGUCGGCUUCAUUCCUACAUCAUCCACUGCCACAAGCUGUGCCCAUGCACCAACUGCUACUACGAGUGCUGCCCCUGCAACUACCAGCGUUCGUACUCUAAGGAGCAACGCACCAGUAGCUCCAGAAAUCCGCUUGCCCAUGGUGGAAGUGGCCGGCCCUGAAGGAAGCAUGUUAGUGCACAGACCAUGGACUAGCGCUGACAUAGCUGACUUUGCUCACACUCUUCCAGACAUCACUGUAUCCGGAAAGACAUUCGGUGCCAACCUUCUGGCUUUCUGCCAGGAGUACAGACCCACUGGAGCUGAGAUCCGUCGCAUCCUGGCCAAGCGUCUUUCAGCCUGUGAAUACCAAAAGCUGGCUAGACAAUUGCCUGAUGUGACACCUGCUCUCAAACACAAAGACUGGACAAACAACUUAAAUGAUGGAUUCGUUACCGCAGUGAGGACGCUUGUCACCCACCUCGAAACUGCGUUCCCCGACAAAGUCUGUAUGAUUAAAGUCACUACAUGCAAACAACAACCAGAGGAAUUAGUUGAUGACUUUGUUCACCACCUCACCCCCACAUACAACACUCACGGAGGAGUUCAUCCUCCCCCUGAAGGAGUGGGAGGACUCAUCUGUUCAGCAUACGAGAGUCACCUGUGUGCACUGGUGAUGAAAGGCUUACUCCCUGAAGUUUUUGACGCCGUGAAGCAGUCAUACAUCGGAUGGAAAGAAGAAGCGCGUCUGUCUGACCUCACAAGACACGCACGCCAUGCUUACGACACUCUCCAGCAGAAGAAGAUGGCGAAGAAGGAAAAACAACAGAGCGAAUUGUAUCUGCCAUCCUUGGAGAUGUUCUCUGCGAUGCAUAACAACAACAGAGGAGCGGGCAGGUUUCGCGGGCGAGGACAAGGAAGAGACUUCAGACGGAAUUGGCCCAACAGAGACACAGGAGGCGCGUCUGGAAAUCCAGGAAACGCCUGCCACAUCUGCGGCGAGAUGGGACACUGGAAGUAGCACUGCCCCCGGUUACGUCAGGUUCCACCCUCCCGGGCACUCUGGUCAGACUGACUAGAGAAGGAGCCCAGCGAAGGUUUCUGUUCACAUGAUGACGUAGACGGUACCGCACAAACACACACACACGCUCACACUUGAUACAUGCUCAAUUGAUUCAAAUUCAUGCUUGCCUGCUUGCAAUGAAGACUUGCUUUCUGCUCAAAACAUCCCACAGAAUGAUUUUGAAAAGAAUACCAAACAGCUAAAUGACAACUGCUGCAUGACUUUACAGUCAAAUGGUUUCAAACAAUUUCCUGAGUUUGCUUUGACGGUUCGAGGUGAACGUAUGGUGUUUUUAGUAGACUCAGGAGCAACAAAUUUGGUAACAAAAUCUUCCAUGUUUUCCAAUCCACCUAAAAUGAGUGGACUAUUUGUGCACACUAUAGGUUCGUCUGGCCAGACAAUAAAAGAAAAACUUACUGUGCCUCUGUCUUGCACAACAUCAGACGGUAAGACACUCAAACAUUCAUUUUUGCUUUUAAACUUAUGCCCAGUUAAUCUAUUAGGAAGAGAUCUCAUGUGUAGUUUAGGAAUUUCACUGAUUUCCACUCCGGAGGGAGUGCAGGUCACAACCGCGGACAAUGUAAAUAAUUUUUCUUUUGUUUGUGUUAAUUUCAGCUCAGAGCCGCUGCUCUACUCUUAUCAGUGGCUGCUGAAGGGAGGGGCUGUAACUGAGGCCCUCAUACAGGCUGCUCGACAGCUGGUUUCCUCACAGAAUACGACCUUUAGAGACGCAUCUGAUCUGUCUUGUACAGCACAUGUGUCCACUGGUCCUGAUGAGAAGUUUGAAAAAUCAUGGUUACGCACACAUGCGGACAAACUGACCUCAACCUCUCUAUUCUGGGAUGAACAUAGGUCUGCGCUUGCGAUUUCUCUCACUAACGAACAAGAGAGAUUUGUUGAUGCUUAUUCUACAGAUCCACAUGUCCUUCUGUCAAAACAUGACGGAGACAGAUGGCAGGACUUGGGUCCUUUCGUGGACAGAUGUCAACGGGAAGGAGACUGGCAAACGACUUCCGACCCGAAUGUGAUGUAUUCACCUACCUUGCAUGCUUACAAAAAACUUUUUCAGUCUAUCUUUCAUGCGCAGCGUACAGUGCACUUGGUACCUCAACAUUUCACACACACUUCACACCACGUGUUUUUGUCGGAGGACGCUCUGACGCAGUAUCCAGCCUUACAGGAAGUUCCAGCUUCCCUGUGGGCCACACACAAAUAUGAUGUAGGUUUGAUCAAAGGGUGUGACCCAGUGGUCAUCACGCCAAAAUCUGACUACAGACCAUGCAAACAGCAAUACCCUUUAAAGAGAGAAGCAAUUGAAGGAAUAACACCGGUGUUUAACUCUCUGUUGAAAGCAGGAGUCAUCGUCCCAUGUGACAACUCUCCAGUGAGGACUCCACUCUUCCCAGUUAAGAAAAUCAGAGACAAAGGAAAGCCAACAGAAUGGAGGUUUGUCCAGGAUCUGCAGGCAGUAAAUGCGGCGGUCCAACCACGCGCGCCUACGGUACCGAACCCCUACACCAUUCUUUCUCAGGUUCCGCCCAAGGCUAAAUUUUUUUUCAGUUGAUUUGGCUGAUGCUUUUUUCAGCGUGCCCGUCCACAAAGACAGCCAAUUCUGGUUCGCUUUUGAAUUUAACGGAAAGUCAUACACCUUUACCAGACUGUGUCAGGGGUAUUCAGAAAGCCCUACAAUCUACAAUAUGGCACUGAAAGACAGCCUGGAUGAUCUUGUCUUGUCCCCAGGCACCGCCCUGCUGCAGUACGUUGAUGACUUGAUGAUCUGCAGUGAGGAUCAGGAAACUUGCACAGCAGACACGAUCAAGCUGCUGAAACACCUGCAUGCUGCAGGACACAAAGCAAGUCUGUCUAAAUUACAGUUUGUUCAGACUGAAGUUACCUUCCUAGGUCACAUCAUUACCGCUGAAGGGAAAUCCAUUUCACCUAAAAGAGCUCAAGCUAUUCAGAACCUGCCUAACCCGUGCACAUACAAACAGCUUAUGUCCUUUUUAGGUACGUGCUCUUAUUGCAGGAAUUUCAUUCCUAACUGCGCCGUCUUGGAGGCUCCGCUUAGAGCUCUGAUGCAGACGUCUUCUGCAUCCACCAGCCGCCUCACGUGGACAUCUGAGGCUGAACAGGCUUUCACCGACCUCAAACUUGCUCUUCAGUCGGCUCCUACUUUGGGUCUGCCUGACCCUACGCGACCUUUCAUUCAAACAGUGGAUGAGAAAUCAGGUUGUAUGACCUCUGUCCUUCUACAGGAUCACGGAGGGCGUUCACGCCCUGUAGCCUAUUUCUCUGCUAAGCUCGACCCAGUCGCUGCGGGGCUCCCAUGAUGCCUCCGAGCAGUGGCUGCGGCAGAGAAAGCCGUGCUGACAUCACGUGACAUUGUUGGCUAUUCUGAUGUGACCCUGCUGGUUCCUCAUGCCGUAUCUUUGAUCCAUGAGGAAACAAAAAAACAUCACAUCUUUCUACAGCCCGAUGGCUUAGAUACAACACCAUGUUACUGGAAAUGCCAAACAUCACUGUCAAAAGGUGCAAUGUGCUUAACCCAGCCACUUUGUUUCCAGGCCCUGACGAUGGCGAGCCUCACAACUGUGUUUCGGUCUUGAACCAGGUCUGCACUCCGCGCCCAGAUCUGUCGGAGGUGCCAAUUCCUAACUGUGACCUCGUACUCUUUGUUGAUGGCUCCGCCUCUAGAGACCCUGCUUCGGGCCACUGUCAGGUUGGAUAUGCAGUCUGCACCUCUCAUACUGUUUUACAGUCUGGCCCUUUGCCAGGACAUUACUCUGCUCAGGCUGCAGAGUUGAUCGCACUGACCGAAGCCUGUAAAUUGGCUGAAGGGAAGUCUGCUACUAUCUACACAGACUCCAGAUACGCUUUUGGCGUCACACAUGACUUUGGUGCUCUGAGGAAACACAGAAAGUUUUUGAAAUCUGAUGGCAAACCUAUCUUGCAUCAUGAUAAGGUUGCUGAUCUGCUCGACACAAUUCUGUUACCAGCUGCAAUUGCUGUAUGCAAGUGCCCUGCACACACUGGGCGCACUGAUCCCAUCUCUGCUGGAAACGCACGCGCUGAUGCUGCUGCAAAGGCAGCUGCCCGACUUCCCCUUCCCUUUGUUCCCUGCCUCUUAUCCUCCACCUCUACCCAACCUCCCUCUCCUCCCUCUGCUCUCCCUGAUCUUCAGACAUUCUCUACCCCACAGGAAGGCAAGCUCUGGCUGAUGAAUGGCGCCACCAGUAGCCAUGGCGUUUGGUAUGGGCCCGACGGCAAACCUUGCCUACCUAAACACUUUUUCCCUCAUUUUGCGAAGUUGACACAUGGAUUAGACCAUGUAUCAAAGGGGGGAAUGUUAGAUGCUCUUACAAAACAUUGGUACACUAAGGGAUUUUCAAUCUAUGCGCAAAAAUACUGUGAAGCAUGUAUGACAUGCGCCCAACACAACCCAGGUAAGACGACUGCCAAACCACUGGCAGCUCAUCCACCACCGGAACAGGCGUUUGACCAUUUAAUGCUGGACUUCAUCGAACUAACGCCAGCAGAAGGUGAAAGCGGCUCUGCCCAAACAGGCGACAGAACCACUGCACAUCAUUCAACCAGGAGACUGGGUGAUCAUUAGGGAGCUUCGCAGGAAGCACUGGAACUCAAAACGGUGGCAAGGUCCCUUCCAAGUCCUUCUGACGACCAACACGGCUGUGAAGAUCGCACAAAGAGCGACUUGGAUCCACUCCAGCCACUGCAGGAAGGUCCCGGAUCCUACAGACGACCCUCGAUCUACAUCUACACCACACGGAGAAAACCACCACUGACGAAAAGAAUUGAGAAGGACGACCCUCGCUGUGCUCACACACGCACUGAGGCGAGGCUGCGUUGACCAUUCAGCUAAAGGUGCGAGCCAAGCGCCGCCUGAAGCUGCGCCGGUGAAUCACACUAUCAGACCAUACAUCUACACACACGCUCCUGAGAAAACACACACACGAGCAGCCUUGAGUUGCCGACGCUGGACGACGUGUAGACUCUUCACAUCACGGGGAGUGACAGUGACUCAGACGACAUUGGGAGGAAACCUGGCGAUGAUAACUAAUCCCAAGUGUCUCUGUGAUCAGCUGAUCGCAACCUGAAGAACCCCAACGAACUGUCAAGGUGUCAACAAACAGGUUGGAAACAAUCUAACGCUACUGUUCAACAGGAAGAAGAAGACAUUGAUUGUGACCCUGUUGUUUUGAUCCUUAUUGUAUGUUACUUUAAUAUUUGCUCUAAAUUGUGUGGUUGAUUUACAUGUAUACCUCUCUGUGAUUUUAUCCACUAUUUUUGAACAAAAACAUUUUACGUUUCCACUUGAUUCACACUUUCUCACAAAUUUUUAUCUUCCACUGACGCAAAAUGACAUCCACCAGACGAAACAAGAUAAAAAUGAUUGUCAUAUCGACGAUGACGGCAAUAUGCGUGGUCACUCUGACAUUCGCAUCAACCCAAGACACUCUUAUCCACCGCACACCAGAGUCACCCACAAAUCGAUCAUGCUUAGUUUGUUCCGAUAGAGACCUGAUUACCAUGACGGAACAAUUUCCAUACAUAGCGAAGACAACAUGGCAAAAUAGAAUGGCCCUGGACACGUUGCUGGCGGAGAAAGGAGGUGUCUGCGUUAUUUUUGGAGAAGCGUGCUGUACUUUUAUCCCUAACAACACUGAUUCUAAUGGCACUGUGACAAAGGCUAUCGAGGGCCUUGAGAGCCUUAGAGACGAAUGGGCUAGAAACUCGGGCGUAGAUCCGUCCCCUUGGCGCUGGCUAGACCAAACUUUUGGAAAAUGGAAAUCAGUUUUUAUGUCGGCAAUAGUCUCGCUUAUCAUCUUCAUGGCCGUGAUCAUGUUGCUUGGUUGUUGUGUUAUUCCUCUGAUUAGGGGUCUCAUCAUGCGUGCGACAUCAGCGGCGCUUUCGUACCAAAUGACACAACGCACUACAUUCAGGAAUCCGGACACCGAUUCACUCAUUGAUUCUGAUGCUGAUUCUGUAGAGAAUGAUGUGGACGUUGAUAAUGAGGACUACAAAGAUGACUUUGAUGAUGAUGAUAGUGACGUAGAGGCUGAUUCCACAAUAGUUUAAAUCAACACAUAAUCCUCUUCCUAUUUUCAGGAUGAUUGAACAUGAUCUAAUUGGAAUCAAUUAUAGGCUUAUGUCCCUGUCUUUCCAAAGCUCAUACACAGAGGUUAUUCUAGUAUAAUUACCCACAAAAACAGCUCACAAUCUUUUAUUCCUACGCCAUUUACAUCUUUAUAAGCAAUACAUUUAACGAAUCAUUUUGAAUGAAUGCUUUAUUACUACAGAAUGAAUGCCACGAUUGACAAUUUUUUAUUCUUUUAAUGUUUGAUUAAUGUGUAAUCAAAAGGGGGGAAAGUAUUGGAAAAAUUGUACUUUAAUGCUUCUUGUUCAUUUCUGACUCUGUAUAAUAACCAUGCAUUCUGUACUUGUUGAUUAGACCCAGAACUGAACAUUAUUAGACAAACAAUCUAUCUUCCUCUCAAGGUUCUGCUGCACAUUAAGUGCUGACAUCUAAUGUUGUGUUUCACUGACCGAUUGUUUAUGGCUGUGUGUGCCUUUUACCCCUGGUCUCUGGCUCCUUUCUAUCUGAUGCCUCACCAGACCCAAGGCUGUAGACCUUGUGUAUUCUCUGUGUAAUGUAAACAUCUUCACCCACAGUGUGAUAGGAAGAUUCCACCAGAACCCGGGAGAGGGGUUAAAAGGCAGAGACAACCUCAGAACGGAGUGAUCUUUGCAUUAUACCUCCGUGGUGUAUGUUCUGAUCUCCCCAGCUGGCUUUUUGAUUUGCUUUCCUCAUUACUUAUUAUUUUCUUUAUUAUUUCAAUAAAUCGCACAAAA